UGCUGUGAAGGGUGAAGCUCAGUUGAUGAUAGUUGAUUCAAAGCGAUAGUUAAAAGUUCGUGAUAUUUUCAAUCAUUUGUAAAAAUAAAAUUUUUUGUAUUUUAAUUUCUUUUUUUUUUGUUUGUUAUAUUUUCAAUAGUAAAAUGAACGCAAAUUGUGAAAAUAAUAAUAUUUUUCAUUCUAAAUCAGAAGAUUCGCUGAAAUGGCGACUAAAUUUAACAAGCUGCAUUAGCAACAUUGAAAGUGGGGAAAAUAACAAUUCCUUAAUGGAUAAAAAUAAAACUAAUUAUUCUAGUAAUAAUAAUAUUAUUACUACACCGGAAUCUGGAGCAACAAAAGCAAGAAAUUUUUACAUUACACUUGCUAAGGAAAGUCCCAAAAAUAUAAGCUAUGACAGCUCAUCAGAUACUUAUGAUAGUUUUCAUUUUAGGGAAACAGAUUACUGCAAGGAUACAACAGAUACUUUAUCAGAUUCCUCUUAUACAACAGAAGAAAUAGCAACGGUUGAUAUGGUUGAGUAUGAGGUAGCUAGCAGAAGUGCUAGUGAAAAUUUUUAUUCAAACGACUCAUCAAGUGGGACAGAGGACAUUGUAUUUGCCUUAGUUACAAAAUCUGCUGCAACAGAGAGUUCAACAAGUGAUUUUGCAGAUAGUGAAGAAUCAAAUUAUAAUAUUGUACAAAAAGAUUCUGAAUUAAGUUCUGCCGAUUAUUGGAAAUGUGUUAAAUGUAAAAAUAAACAAAAUAAUCCAAUGUUUCGAUAUUGUGAACGCUGUUAUCAAAUUCGUAAAUCGCAUUUUCCACCACGGCCUCCACAAAGAAAAAGAAGAGGUGAGUUACAAAAUAAAAUGAGUUCGGGAUUAGACAAGUAUGUUCAAAAAUCAAAUAAUAAUGGAAAUUGCACGUCGUUAUCAUCUUUAUCCGAUAUUGACAAAAAUAUGAGUUCUUCUAAUAAAAUAAAUAAUAGUUCAAAAGAUACUAUAUCAUCAAAAGUACCAAAUGCAAUAACAACAGAUGUUACUUCUAAUAUUAAUGAUAUAAAAGGAUUUGGUAAAUUUUAUAGUAAUAAUGCAAAAAAUAUUUUAGGAUCUUCGAUUUCAAAUAGUGCAAGCUUUAACAACUGUAACUUAAGCCAAAAUCAGUUAAGUAGGCUUUCGAGUGAAAAAAAUUUCAGUAGUUCAGAUUCUGAAGGUGAUGAUAUGAAAUUUAAUAAAAUUAUUAAAAAUAAUGAAAUUCAAAAAGAAUCAUGCGAAACAAAUGCAACAUCAAAUUUCUUUAGUACACCAAAGUUUAGCAAAAAUUUAAAACGUAAAAAUCCAUUUGAAAUAAGUUUAGCUAACAAUGCGAAACGAUUUUUUGUGGAAAGUUCUAGUUGUAGCAGUGUUACAAAUUUAACAAAUCAUUGUAGCAGCAGCAAUAAUUCUUCUUUAACAACAACGAUAACAGCAAAUAAUGAAAGCUCUUGUAAUGUGCUUGAAAAACGUGAUACUAAUUUAGUAGUUAAUGAUUCUGAGACUGAUUUAGCUUUAGAAUUUAUUGAUAAUAUUAGUAAUAGUAUAAAAUUACAAAAAGAUUCUGGUAUUAGUGGAGGUUCAUUAUCUUCAACAUCAGGUCCAUCUUCAAGUCAAGAAUACUUUUCAUCUCAAGGUAGUGUUGAUUUUGUGUGUUCAUCUCAUUCUAAUGAAACAAAAUUAGAAAUAAAUUCAAUCUACUGCAAUUGUAAUCUUAAAACAAAUUCUACUAAAAAUCCAAUGCCUUCAAUUAGUAAUAUGGAUAAUUUAGAUGAUACUGUAAGCGAAGACUUAGAUGAAAAAGAUUAUGAUUUUAAUGAUGAUAAAAUUUCUCUAAAUAAUGAUAAUGAAGAUAAUGAAAACACAACAAAUUUAUCGCAGAGUUUAAUGGAAAAUAUAAAAGGUUUGAAUAAUAAUAAUAUUUUAUCGACAUCCAGUAAUAAUAUAGUACAAAAACUUAAAAAGCGUAAAAGACAUCGGAAAAUUCUAAGUCCAUUUAAUAAUAAAAUUAAAAAUAAAACUUUUGAAAAUAACUUAAAGAAAGAUCAAGAUGCUACCAAUAAUAGUGACUCGUGUAUUGUUUGUUUAGAUGGACCUAAAAAUGGAGUAUUCGUGCACAGUCGUUUCUUACAUUUAUGCUGUUGCUAUAGAUGUGCUGUUAAAAUUUGGAACAAAAAUAAAAAAUGUCCAAUAUGUAAUUGUGCUGUAAAAAACAUUAUGAAAAUUUUCAUACAUUGAAAAUGUAUUUGUUUUUGACAGGCCGUCAUUAAAUUUUAUUAUUGCCUUAAAAAACACAAAAUAGAAGUUUUAGUUUUCAAUAACAAAUUUAAAAACUAUUUACAUACAUAAUGUACAUAACCGUUAUUAAGAAUAUUUAAAAAACAUUUUCGAAUUUGAUGUUUAAAAUAUUACAUAUUUUAUGCCUUACACUACUAAUAAUUGAAAGACUUUGUAAAUAGAUUAAAAUUAAUUUGAAGCAAAACCUAAAUAUCAUUAUUGUUAUAUUAUAAAGUGCUUUUAAGUUUAUUAAUUCAAACUAUGUAUGUUCCUACAGCUUGAGGAAUGCACUUUAUAUUUUAAGCAUAACAGUAGCAGUUCUUUAUUUUCUUGUACAAACCAAGUAUUUAAGAAAACAAAUUGACUUCUAACUUUAAAAAUCUAUAAAAUAGGUUUGUUGUUUCAUGAAUUUUUUUUAAAUAUAACAUCAAAACACUUUAAAAUGUUUGUAAUUCAAUUCUUUAAUAAUUAAAGAUCUUUUGUAAAUAAUUGUAAUGAAAUCAAUUUCUAGAAUUCGUUUCGAAUGAAUCAAAUUACAUAAAACUGUUAAUUCUUUUAUAUUAAAAUUUAUUUAAACGGAGUAUAGAAUUAUUUAAUUUCUUAUUAAAUCACAUCUUCAGAAUCGUCAUAUGUGAAACAUUUGCACGCAGACUGAAUGAAUUGGCAAUUUAUAUUAUAUAAGCAUUUAUGUAUGUAUGUAUAUAUACAUAUAUAAAUUUAUGUUUACUUGUAUAUGAAAAAUAAUUGUUUUUUUAAGAGUUUUGUUUAUUUUCCUUAUAUUUUUUUUUCUUUUUUGAAAACAGAUUUAUUUUAUACGUUUUAUAACGUUAUUUGAAAAAAAGCAUUUGCAGAAAAAAAGGAUUCCAACAUUGUUUUAUAAACAAAUGAAAGGAAUUUUACAGAAAAAAUAAGAUACCAAUA